UGAAUGAUUAAAACACUGAUGGGACAUCAAGCAAGAUGUGAUAGCUAGCUAAUGAUUCGGUAAAGAUAUGUUUGGAUCUAUUCAAUGUUGUAAAAGGCAAUACACUCAUUGUCUUUUUGUUGUACUGUGUUUGUAUGUAAUUAUAACUAAUAUCUCUCCAGUAUUAUCAUCAUCAGAUUAUGAUGAAAGAAUCCCAUUUAAGUUUGCUGUAGAACCAACACUCCCUGGUGCAAUAAUUUUUAAUGUGGAUGAAGUCAUAUGGCCUUUCAAAGUAGACAAAGUGAUGACACCACCACUGUCAAUCAAUGGAAGGAACAAGGAUGAAAUUAAGGAUCGUAUGGGUAAAGUAUAUGCACUGUACAAUGAUACGAGACCAGUUCUGAGCGAUCUGUUUGACAAAUGGUACCCUGUGGGGGGUUUGGUCAUCAGUACCGAUCCUGAGAAGAUUGAAACUAUCAUGAACCUCUACGACAUUGAUAGAUUCUUCAGGUUUUUUGAAGUCUUUCCGAAAACCCCAGGGUGCAAAGUGAAGCACUUGAAGAGAAUGAGUGAACGACUUCAAGUGGACCUAAAUGAAAUACUAUAUUUUGACUCAGAUGAAUAUCAGCUGGAUGAGGUGAAGUCACUGGAUAUUACUGUAAUCAGAGUUUCUCCCAAGCUCGGCUUGACAUAUGAUAUCAUGCAACAUGGUCUGCACGAGUACUUAGUGACUCAUAAUGUCUCUAGACCCUACAGAGGUAUUGAGAUGUUCACCAUGUCUCCUCCAGAUAUGCCUGUAAACAGCUGACGGGCGGAUAAUUAACAUCAAAAACUGCUGUUAUCCUAUGCUGAGGGUCACUACAAUCAGCUGUUCACUAAGAAAAUAACUACAUCAACUGUUGCCAUCCACAUGGUCUAGAGUCAUCUAGUGUUUUAUGUAAUCACUACAAAAGAUUAAAUAACAUAAAUUAAAUACUCUGGAGGAAAACUAGUGAUAUGAUUUAAACUAGUGAGCAAUAAAGAAUUUUAAAAUUCAAUUCAA